AAGGUGAUAAAUCGAUGACCGACGCUGAAUGUUCCUGGCUCUCUCUUCCGUUCGUCAUUGCCGUCACGGCCUCGACGAAGGCGGCGCCGAUGCAUUCCCAAGCUUUCGCUCCUCCUCUUUCCUCUCUCUUCACCCUCCCAAAACCCUGCAAACGAACGAUCCUGUUAUUUCCGAAGAGAAAUCGAAGCUUCCGGCAACCAAGAUCGACGGCGCUUUGCCCGAGAUGGCGUUCCUUGGCCAUCUCAGCCGCGCUCUCCCCUCUAGAUCUGACGGAGGAGAACAUAAGGCAGGUCCUAGUCGAUGCCAGAUCUGAGUUUGGCCAGCUCUUCGAUGCAUCAGUUGGUAUAACAGGUGAAGUCGAUCUCGCGGAACUAGAUGGUCCUUUUGUGAAGAUUAGACUAAAGGGCAGAUUUUGGCACAAGAGAAGCACAGUGUUAGAUCGGAUUAGUAACUAUCUUAAAAACCGAAUCCCGUAGGAAAUCCUUGAGGUUGACAUUGAAGACGAGAAGCAACUAGAUGACAGCCCAGAAAAUUUUUGAGGUCGAGUUCUUUUUUAUCUGUCAUCUAUGUUCAAAGGUCUGUAUGUCAACAAAUUGAUCAGCGAUAUCAAAAAAACAUUUAUUCAAUUUA